CCGAAGUCCCAAUCAGUAAGAAAUAAACCAAUAUUAAACCAUUAUACCAUCUGCUCCUGUGGAAGAAUGGUAAGGAAGAAGAUUAUACUUUUGGGUUGAAGACUUGAAGUAGAUGAUCCUCAGUGCGGCAGCUCUCCUUUUCAACUCUUCCGGAGUCCAAGCCCAAAAAUAAGUGCCUCGGGAGCCUUCUGAAAAACCCUCGAGCAAACCCCUUUGCUGAACCAGCUGCUUCUCCCGAAUCAGCUACCCCAGAAACCAUUAUCACCCAAUCGAUCGAUCCCCAUGAAGAAGCAUAGAACUCUCUCACCUUGCGCUUCAUUGAUGAAAGACCAUGAUUCGGUUGAAGAUAUCUAGCACCCACAAAACUAAACCCUCACCUUACCCCUUUUCCCGUCUUCUUCUUCUGUUUCCACCAGCCCAUCGAUACCAUCUUCGCCAUUCAUCAUGUAUGUGGCAGAAAAGAGGUCGCCUAUCGACUUCUACAAGGAGGAAGGGAUGAUGGAGGUGGUCGCCAACGGUAUGCAGCCCUCCCCUCUGCAGCAGCAGCCUCAACCUCUGCAGCAGCAGCAGCUCGUCCUGGCUGAGAGCAGCGGCGGGGAGGAUCACGAAAUCAAGCAGCCGAAGAAGCGCGCCGAAACGUGGAUUCAGGAAGAGAUCCUCACGCUUAUCGCCCUGCGCCGGGAGAUGGACGGCAUGUUUAACACCUCCAAGUCCAACAAGCACCUAUGGGAGCAGAUUUCCACCAAGAUGAGGGAGAAGGGAUUCGAUCGGUCCCCAACUAUGUGCACUGAUAAAUGGAGAAAUCUUCUCAAGGAGUAUAAGAAGGCCAGACACCAUGAUAGGGGAAGUGGUGCGGGCGGUGGUGGUGGAGGAGGGUCUGCCAAGACGUCUUACUACAAGGAGCUGGAAGACCUGCUGAGAGAAAGGGCGAAGAACGCGCCGUACAAGAGCCCACCUUCAAAGGUCGAGGCUUACAUGCAUUAUCCCGACAAAGGCAAUUCUCUAGGCCUUGAAGAUGCUGGUAUUCCUUUUGGACCUGUAGAAGGCAGUGCUAGGUCAUCUCUAAAUCUGGAGCGACGUCUGGAUCAUGACGGGCAUCCUCUUGCCAUAGCAGCUGCUGAUGCAGUUGCUGCCAAUGGUGUUCCCCCAUGGAACUGGAGGGAUACCACUGCAAAUGGUGGGGAUAGGCAGUCCCCUUUUGAAGGAAAGGUCAUACUGGUGAAAUGGGGUGACUACACACGAAGAAUAGGUGUUGAUGGCACUGCUGAGGCUAUAAAGGAAGCUAUCAAAUGUUCUUUUGGCUUAAGAACAAAGCGUGCAUUCUGGCUAGAGGAUGAAGAUGGGAUAGUCCGUAGCCUAGAUAGAGACAUGCCACUGGGAACGUACUCUCUUCAUCUUGAUGAGGGCUUGACAAUAAAAGUUUGUUAUGAUGAUCCUGGCAUGGCUGAAGAGAAGACUCUGUACACAGAGGAUGACUUCCGUGAUUUUCUAACACGUCGUGGCUGGACUGGCUUGAGAGAGUUUCCUGGUUUUAGAAAUGAGUUCACUGCAUUCAGAAGUCUUGAUACUCUUGAUGACCUCCGCCCUGGCUGCAUGUAUCAGGGUGCAAGAUUACUAAGUGAAUAGAGCUCCAUUGCAGCAUCACUGUGAUCUCAUUGUGUGAAGGUGCUGCGGUGACUCGUAAGUAGUCAUGCUAUUUGCACAUAUCACUGUAUUACAUCUCUUUUCCUGCUCCAUUAUUUGAGCUCAAAGUAAUGCUUCACUUGAUAUUCUUGGUGUGAGCGGGUCAUCUCCAGCACUGUGGUCCUCCAUCUGCAUUUGAACGGCAAAUUGCUUGGACCUCCAUGCCCCUUGUAUAUAAUCUGCAGAAGGAUAAAUCCUCGUACUUUCGGACAGAUAGCACUCCGAGGUGUUUAUAUUUUCACAGCUGCUUGUGUUGUAAUUUCUAUCAAGAGUUGCUGUGGUCUUUCUAUUUGAGAAGACUUUUGUAUCUUUCGUUUUGGGAAAGCUAAUGGAAUUGAUAUUUAAAGGUACCGGUCUUGAAAGAAAGAACCUUUAUGGAGAUUUGUGAUGUGUUUUGCUUUAGAUAAUUGCCAAGCAGGGAAUUCUGAUC